AUGGAAAAAGAGCUGUCUGAAAUCGCUGAAACCCUUCAGCGAAUUGGUGGAAGGAGUAGUAAUCCGCAAUUUCACGAAGGGUGCUUUGAGUUUGAUGUCCCGAAAUUGCCAAUUGAACGCACCGAAAUGAAGAAUCAUCUCCUCUCACGUCAGCUUUCUCGCCCCGUACAUGGUGAUCACUCUUCCUGUUUUCAAACUUCUCCUAACCGGACAUCUAAAGAGGUGCAUUUCCAUCUCUCGCCCCACCGUUUUGAAGUUUCACCAGAGCCGCUCACCAACGGCAAGUUGCUGGAGGGUCUCAAGGAUGUCUCUCAUCUCGCUGCACUCAAUAAAACUUCCAAAGGGGACAUGCAAUUCAACGUCGAGGAAGAGGAUGCUUUACGCACAGAUAAUGUUACAUCUGAAGUCGACAAAGCCUCGCCGGUUCGACAUCUUGUUGAAUAUCAACGUGUGUGCAUUGGUGAAGCUAAUACACCAGGGGUCACCGUUGAUGAUCUGCAGGAAGCCGCAGUGGCCUUGCUAAAGUCGAUAGAAUUGCGUGACAAGUACAUGAGAGCGUCUUUGCAAAAAAACGGUCGGAUUGCCAAACGCUACCUCAAACUGGCGAGUCUUGGAUCCAGAGAUGAGCUGCAGCCUCCAAGAGACGCUUUCUAUUACACUACAUCUAUGUCGACAAGGGAUCACCCUAUUCACCCUCCGGAGAUAAAGGGCGAUCCAUUUGCUGUCAAGCAUUGGCCAGAAGCACUGCCAGCUGUUGUUUGCUUCGACAAGGGAAUUGCUAGGUUGGAACCUAUCUCGAAAACCGGUUUCGAAAAUGUUCAAUUGCCUCAACUCCCUUUUUUUACACUGGAGGAUUUCAUUCGUGAUGAAAAGACUAUGCGGAUGUUUGUAGCCAAUGGACCCUUGAAAUCCUUUGCCUAUCGUCGUCUUUGCUUUCUCAGUUCAAAGUUCGACCUCCAUGUACUCUUGAAUGCAGGUGGUGAGACGUUGGAGCAGAAAAAUGUACCGCAUAGAGAUUUCUACAACAUUCGAAAGGUGGACACCCACGUGCACGCUGCAUCUUGCAUGAACCAAAAGCACCUCCUACGUUUCAUCAAGAAGUGCAUGCGUUCGAGGGCAGAUGAAUUGGUAUGCUUGGAUAAGAAUACGGGAGAACCGAUUACUUUGAAGCAGCUUAUGGAGCAGUUGGGCAUUUCUGCUUACGACAUGAACAUUGACAACCUCGACGUCCAUGCGGAUCGGAACACUUUUCAUCGUUUUGACAAAUUCAACGCCAAGUACAAUCCCAUUGGACAGAGUCAAUUGAGGGAGGUCUUUUUAAAAACCGACAAUUACUCCAAGGGAGCCUUCUUUGCUCAUGUUUUAAAGGAGGUGUUUUCAGACUUGGAGGAAUCGAAGUACCAAAACGCAGAACCAAGGCUCUCCAUCUACGGUCGCUCACGUCAUGAGUGGGAUGAUCUCGCUAAGUGGGCCAUAGACUUCCAAGUAUAUUCUCCCAACAUUCGAUGGGUCAUACAGGUUCCUCGACUCUACGACGUCUACAAGUCCAAGAAGGCUAUCGAUACCUUUCAGGAUAUGAUCAUCAAUAUAUUUCAACCAUUGUUCGAGGUGACCCUGGAUCCCUCCUCCCAUCCAGAGUUGCACGCCUUUCUCGAACAUGUAAGUGCCUUUGACUCCGUGGACGACGAGUCCAAAGUUGACCCCAUUCAUUUCGACUACGGCGUGCCUACUGCGGAUCAGUGGAAUAGAGGGGAGAAUCCUCCUUAUGCCUACUACAUCUUCUACAUGUAUGCCAAUAUUGCUGUCCUCAAUCAACUGAGACAGCACCGAGAAAUGCAUGUUUUUGCUCUUCGACCACAUUGCGGAGAGGCGGGUAGUGUGAGCCAUCUGAUCUCUACAUUCCUAUUGGCUGAAUCAGUCAAUCACGGUCUUCUUCUAAGAAAGGCACCUGUCCUGCAAUACCUCUUCUACUUGUGCCAGAUUGGUCUAGCAAUGUCGCCGCUAAGCAACAACUCACUCUUCUUAGAGUACCCUCGAAAUCCUCUUAAAGAUUUCCUCGCCCGCGGACUCCAUGUGUCACUGUCUACAGACGAUCCGUUGCAGUUUCACUUUACCAAGGAGCCUCUUAUGGAGGAAUACAGUAUCGCUGCUCAGGUUUGGAAACUUAGCUUUACUGACAUGUGUGAAUUGGCGCGCAACUCCGUCCUCAUCAGUGGCUUCCCCGAUGUGUCACAUUGGCUUGGGUUGAACUAUUGGCGAGAGGAGGAGGGCGUGGUCAGCAACGACAUCACGCGAACCAACUUGCCAAACAUUCGUCUUGCCUAUCGUCAUGAGACACUGACCCACGAGUUGCAUCUUCUGGUCACCGCAGCUUUGGACGCCAAUAUCACUGGCGGCUUCAAGAACCCAGACCUCUGUGUUUCUCCUCUCCAUGUAAUCCCAUCCAACCUUCUGGAAAUGAACCACUUCAGGGAUGGACACAGAUGUGCAGAUGGAGACGAUGAUGACAAUGACAUGAACUAA